AUGGCUACGAUUACGCUAAUUACCACCGCCAACAUUCCAAACAAUCUCAUCUCGGAACUGUCCGACGUUGGCAAAGCGUUGUUUCCUGAACAGAGUUCUCGCCUUCAGGUCAUUUGUACCGAAUCAGCCCAUAUAAUGUUCAACGACGAUUCGGUCAAACCCUCGUUCCUUCUUUACGUGAACGCUAUUAACUUGAACGCCACUCGUCAGUCUGAAAAACUUAACAUCGUCAAACAGUUUACGGAAUGUCUGACUAAUUACUCGGGAUUCGACCAAGACAGAGGUUAUGUUCUGUUGAGAGACCCAGGGACGACUAAUUGGGGAUUUUCGGGAGAUCUGAUCAUUGUCGAACCGGAUAAAAAGUGA